AUGGGCCAUGCCACCCCCUUCCAGAAAGAAGCAUGGGCGGAAUAUGGCAUAGGCGUAGUCAUUAUAUUCCUCCGUAUUUUUGCACGCUGGAGAGUGGUCGGGGUCAAAAACUGGCAAGGAGAUGACUACUUCGCGUUUGUAGUGCUCGCCUUCUGGACUGCAGAAUUGACCAUGCUGGAAUUGAUCGGUCAAUAUGGCACCAACAUCGGUCUCAGUGAUGCUCAACGGGCCUCGUUGACCCCCGAGCAAAUCGAGAUUUUUGCCCGUGGUUCCCGAUGUCUUCUCGCCGGCUGGACGUGCUAUGUGACCCUGAUUUGGUCUCUGAAGGCCUGCAUGCUGUUCUUCUACAACCGCCUCACCCUGGGCCUCGUCCAGCAAAAGCUCGUCAAAUUCAAUGCCGUGCUUUGCGCUUCCACGUACAUUGCCGUCAUCCUGACCAUCUUUCUGCACUGUCGGCCGCUGCACAAGAACUGGCAGGUGUAUCCAGAUCCCGGUCUCAACUGCUCUGCCGACUACGUGAACUAUAUCGUCAUUGCAGUGACCAAUGUCACAACAGACGCAAUUCUCGUGUGCAUCCCUAUCCCAUUAUUAGUUAAAGUGCGACUCGCAUUGCGCCGAAAGCUGAUUAUCGGACUCCUCCUGUGCGGCGGUGUCUUCGUCAUGAUCGCAACGCUGCUGCGCUGUAUUCUGUCCCUGCAAAGUAUCAACAGCAUCAACACCAGUACCAUCUGGGCUAUUCGCGAAACGUUCGUGGGUAUCAUCGCCGUCAACGCCCCCUGCAUCAAGCCGCUCUUCAGCAGCUCGACCUGGCUCGGGUCCUCCGGGGACCCGUAUGCAUCCUCGCGAAAGAAGGGCAGUUACAGUCUGUCGGCGUUCGGGAAGUCGAAGCCGAGUCAGUUGGAGUCGACGCGGAGUACGAAGGUGGGCGGGCGAUCCAGUGAUGAGUUCAUCCUUCGCGGUGGCGGAACGCAGACGAUUGUCAACGAUGGGCAGACGGGGCGGUCCGAGAGCCUGUCAGAUGAGGAGGCGGGAAGGCACCCGAUGGGGGGCAUUCAGGUUACCACGAUGUAUGAGAUUCGCAGAGAUGGGUCUCAACAUGCGUGA